AUGGAGGAAUGCAAGACAGUGGCAACCCCACUUGAUCCUGGUUUUCAAGUCGCAUGUGACAAAGAUUGCAAACGAGCUGAUAUACAAGCAUAUCAAACAUUAAUGGGGGAGCUAAUGUAUUUGGCGAUCACAACUCGUCCCGAUAUUGUACAUUCAGUAGCGAAGCUAUCGCAGAAAAAUAGCGACCCUCACAUUGAACAUUUUAAUGCAGGCAAGAAAAUAUUAAGGUAUUUGGCUGGUACUGCUGAAUUGAAGAUUGAGUACAAGGAUGGUAAAAAAGAAUUGUGCGGUUAUGCGGAUGCAGAUUGGGGAGGUAACCCCAUUGAUAAAAAAUCCUAUACACGAUUCUUAUUUUAUUAUGGAGAGUGUUUGAUUUCAUGGGAAUCUAAAAAGCAACGUGUAGUAGCGUUGAGUAGCACAGAGGCAGAGUAUAUAUCAAUAUCAAAUGCUGCUCGAGAAGCUGUAUAUUUAAAAAGGGUGCUAUAUGAACUCGAAGGUGUUGAGAACAAAGCAGUGAUUCUAAACGUUGAUAAUCAAGGUGCUAUGAAGUUGGCAACGAAUUGA